AUGGCGGCUGUCAACUGAUCGGUAUUUUGUUCUUCAAUCCAUUCGAAAGUGAAAAAUUUGUAAAAAUCGGCGUUUUGGUGUGUCGGAGUGCUUGUAAAAUGUGCAAUAUAACGUAAACGUCACUAUUUUCGCCCCCUUUGUUUGUUUUACCGUCCGAGGGUGCUUUUCAGUUAUGGUUUCGAACAAUGGCGGUUAUAAUAAAUUGUGUGUUUGUUUUCGAUUGAUCUAGUGUGUUGAUGUGCACGAUUGCCAUUGUUUUGUUCAAUAAUGAAUACUGUCAAUGCCGGCGACAACAUCUACGAUUUUACAAAUGAAGAGAAUUCGGCCAAGUGGAAAGGAGUGCUCACCACCGCCUUGAAAAGGGUGUUGGAGCAGGUGCACCCCUCGCUGGACGCCCGCGAAGAUGCCCUCGAGUACGUCGAAAACCUCUGUUUGCGCCUUUUGGCCAUGCUCUGCGCCAAACCUAGUCCACACACAGUCCAGGAUGUUGAGUAUAGAGUACAAAGCACGUUUCCAACCCCUAUCGAUAAGUGGGCCUUGAAAGAGGCCCAAGGCGCUCUAGAUCGCGGCAAAAAGAAAUCUGUAUUGCUGUUGCCAGUUGACAAAAUUCACAGUUUAUUACAAAAGGAAUUGUUAUUGUACAAAGUCGACUCGACGGUCUCCCUUUUUCUAGUCGCUGUUUUGGAGUAUAUUUCAGCUGAUAUUUUAAAAUUGGCGGGGAAUUACGUGAAAAACAUCAAACAUUUCGAAAUCACGUAUCAGGAUGUCCAAAUUUCCAUGAACGCCGAUAAGGCACUCAUGGAUAUGUUCUAUCAAGAUGAAGGAGGGGGACCUGGUUUACCGACUGAGUCACUUUUAGUAUCCUCAGCUCCUCGGACGAGUCUCACCUAUGAAGAAGUCGUAAGAGAGUUAAUUGCAUCCGAAAAAGCGUACAUCAAAGAACUACACAUGCUGAUUAAAGUGUUUCGCGAGGAAAUCAUUAAAUUGAGCUCCGAUUCGACCGAAAUCGAACUGAUAUUUUCGAACAUUAUGGAUAUUUACGAACUUACUUAUACUCUUUUGGGAAGUUUAGAAGAUGUUAUCGAGAUGGCGCAGGAUCAAAUGUCAUACAUUGGCAGCUGUUUCGAAGAGUUGGCCGAGGCCGCCGAAUUCGACGUGUACAUAAAAUACGCGAAAGACGUCACCGCCCCCACCUGUCGCUCCACCCUCAACAGCCUCCUCUCGCGCCCCGAAGUGGAGAAUGCGCUGAUCUCAGCUGGCCAAGGCAUGCGUCUCGCCCUCAAGUAUUACCUCCCAGCCCUUCUGAUGGGCCCCAUCCGCCAUUGUUUCUCCUACAUCGAGUACAUCACCCUAUUACGCGGCCUCUCUGUCGCCCCCGAAGACCGCGAAACCCUCACCCAAGUCGAAGGCUUACUCAAACCCCUCCAAAUCGAGCUCUCUCGUUGCGUCCCCUCCCCGGCCAUGUUGCGCAGCUGCUCCACCCCAUUCCUCCAAGUGCGACAACGACGCCAAGCCGCCUUGGAUAAACUCCACGAAAUCGAAAAGAACGUGGAGAAUUGGGAUCCGAAGGAUUUGGGACAGUGUUGCAACGAGUUUGUGCGAGAGGAUGUUUUGAUGAAAGUCAGUUCAGGGAAGAGAUUAACAGAACGAAGAGUUUUUCUCUUUGAUGGUUUGUUGAUUUUGUGUAAACCGAAUUCGAGACGGCAAAGUUCGGUACACCAAAACCACGCUGAAUGUCGACUAAAAGAGCGGUUUUUCAUUCGAAAAGUUGAAAUUAUUGAUCAUUUGGACACCGAAGAGUUGAAAAAUGCGUUUGAAAUCGCCCCGAGACAUAUGCAACCAUCGGUGAUUUUAUGUGCGAAAACAGCCGAAGAGAAGAACUCGUGGAUGGCCGAUUUGGUGAUGUUGAACACGAGGUCGAUGUUGGAACGCAUUCUUGAUAGUAUUUUAUCGGAUAUUGAGCGUAAACACCCCCUGAAACUCCCACCACCGAGUUUGUACAAAUUCGCUGAGCCCGAUUCCAAAGACAACAUCAUUCUCGAGCAAAGAGAGAACGGAGGAGUGCCUCUAAUCAAGGGUGCAACACUUUAUAAACUUGUUGAAAGACUGACUUAUCACAUUUAUGCCGAUCCGAAAUUCGUACGUACUUUUUUGACGACUUAUCGGAGUUUUUGUUCGCCGAAGGAGUUGCUCGAUUUGCUCAUUGAGAGGUUUCAAAUACCGGAUCCUUCAUUGGUUUAUGAACAAGAAUGUUGCGAUACAGAUAAAAUGCAAAAGAAUAAUCAAAGAGAGGAUUGGAAGAAGUACAGGAAGGAGUAUGUGCAACCGGUGCAGUUUCGGGUGUUGAAUGUGUUGAGGCAUUGGGUUGAUCAUCAUUUUUACGAUUUUGAGAGGGAUCCCACGUUGUUGGUCAAGUUGAGGGAUUUUCUGGACGCGGUCAAUGGGAAAAGUAUGAGGAAGUGGGUGGACAGUGUGCUCAAGAUUUUACACAGAAAGAUGGAGAACGAUAACCAGAGGCACAUCCGCUUCGCCUUCGACGAGCCGCCCCCGCCAAUCGAGUGGCACAUCCCCUGUCCCGAGGAAGAAUACGGAAUUUUGACCCUGCACCCCGUCGAAAUCGCUCGCCAAUUAACAAUCCUCGAAUUCGACUUGUACCGAAUGAUCAAACCUUCUGAACUAGUUGGAGCCGUUUGGACAAAAAAAGAUAAAGAAACAACAAGUCCGAAUUUACUAAAAAUGAUCAAACACACAACAAAUGUGGGCCGUUGGUUGGAGAAAAACAUCGUCGAGGCGGAAAAUUUCGAAGAACGUGUAGCAAUCGUGAACCGAAUAAUCGAAAUAAUGAUAGUUUUAUACGAAAUAAAUAAUUUUAACGGCGUUUUGUCGAUUGUUUCGACUUGUGCAUCGGCGUCUGUCCAUCGUUUGAAACUCACAUUCGCUUCGUUGACGCAACAGAACAAGAAAGCCCUGGAGGAGUGCCGCGCCGAUGACCAUUUCAAAAAAUACCAAGAGAAACUACGCUCCAUUAAUCCCCCUUGUGUCCCCUUCCUUGGCAUGUACCUCACCAACAUCCUCCAUAUCGAGGAGGGCAAUCCCGAUUUUCUCCCCAACACCCAACUCAUCAACUUUUUCAAACGCAGAAAAGUCGCUGAAAUCACCGGAGAAAUUCAACAGUACCAAAACCAACCCUACUGUUUCAGCGUCGAGCCCAAAAUUCGACAUUUUUUAGAAAAUCUCAACCCUUUUGGGGACCUCUCCGACACCGAAAUCAGCAACUAUCUAUACAACAAAUCGAUGGAAAUCGAACCAAGAGGACAGAAACAAAUCCAGAAAUUUCCACGAAAAUAUCCACAUUUGAGUCUCAAAAGUCCGGGGAUUAAAUCAAAAUCGACGAAAACAACAGCAACAGCCGUCACAAACGCGAUUAAUUCCACAUUGAAUUCGUCGAAUAUCAAGAGUGACGACUCUAAGAGUGAGGAUUCCUCGAAAUCAGAUAACGAGUUUAGUGUUUUUGCACCGGUGCAAUUGGGGACCUGUCAGAAUAGCCCCACUUUGAGUCCCGUGUCUCCGGCCACGUCCAACACCAUCUUGAGCUGGUUCCAACCCAAUCACAACCGCAGCCCCAGUGUGGGCUCCAUCAUGUCCACCACGUCCAUGCGCAACCCGCCCCCGCCGCCCCCACAAGCAUCGAAGUACCCGCACUACAGUCAGAGCUCGACGGGUGGGUCAAAUAGCCCAGGUCCGCACAGCCCCGCCUCCCCCGGCCCCGUCCAAUCCUACGAGCCGAACAGUCCCCGCCGUCCGCUGACUCCACCCCCGCCUCCGCCUCCUCUUCCGCCGCGUCGACGUCGUGACAGUCCCGAAAUCAGUUCCCCGCAAUUGAAAAGCGAUCCUCAUUGGCGCGAUUGUUCCCCUCCGCCGCUUCCACCGCGUCGUGGUGAUCCAGGCUCCUCCCCUAGUUCCCACAUUCAACACUCUCAUCAUUCCUUUAAUUCGUUCGGGGGCGGAACCAUGCCACGACUUAAUCCCACCCACAUGUCGCAGUUGCAUAUGAGACGGCAUUCGACGGUGCAGCCGCAGGUGCCGAGGAGGACGGUCCAUGCGAAUGCCACGCCCAUAGUUCCUCAGAAUCAGCCAGCGAGUAUUUCGCCACGGUAUGACUCGACGACGCCGAGGUUGCCCCCGAGGCCGGCGGCGAGGUCGGCCGAUAUGGUCACGGGGCCCAUGUUCCAAUACCCGAGCACUACUACUACAUAAGGGGUGCAAGGGGCUUCCAGAUAACCUCAAGAGUUUUAUCAAAAUGAUUUCAAUUUGUUGUCGUGUGGUUUGAUUGUGUACAAAAGACUUGUUCUAUUUAUUACGUAUUUUAUGUAAGCAUAGAGUUGGUGAUGUUUUUUCCUCCCCCUUAUUACACAGAUUUAUGUACAUUGUGUAAAUAUUGUAAUAUAAUGUAAAUGUAUAAAUAUAGUUGCCAAAAAGUGUAAUAAUAUGGAAAAAACAGUUUUCUAUGUUGAAAUUUUUUAUGAUGAUAAUAACAUUGAGAUGGUGCGAUUGAUGGCAAUCUUCAAUCACACUAUUCCAACGUGGAAAGGAAUUGUUACAGUAUAGAUGUUUAUUUUGAGUUCUUGUAAUUGGAGACGUGCCCCCAAAGGGGGCAAGUCCCCAAUCACCUCGUUAAAUUGAUGAUUUUUUAAGCUGUGAUAGUAGAAAAUGGACCAUACUUUGUAAAAAAAAAUUUAUUAUGACCUUCAAAAUAAUAAGUAUAAUAAAUGUAUCAAUGUA